GAGGGAUCUGCGAGAGGGGCGGGAAGGUGAGGGGAGACCCAGGGUGGCAGCCAGCCAGGCUGAGCUCCCCACUCACUUCCCCCCGGCAGCGGAGGCGGUGGGUGGAUGCGGCAGCUGGGGCACGGCGCGGCGCUCGGACGGGGCAGCCGCUGGGAUCGCUGAGCCCCGCUGCGGCCCCGCUCCAGGCGGCGGAGAACAGGAAGAAGAGGGUUUUACCAUAUUUAGAUGACAAGCGGAUCUGCCAGAGGCUAGGGUUGUGGGGGACAGUCAUGCAUUUACAGAGACUCCUUCUGACUGUUGCAGUCACCCACUACGUCUGUACAGCGCGGGGGGAUGGACUCGCGUCUCUCCAAGUUGCCUGAGAGUCCAGAAUUUUAAAGGCAGCCCAGCCCUAGGAACAGUGACAAUGAGAGACAGCCGUGACAUUGCUCCAUGUUUUCUACAGAUGUGAUGAAAAGGAAAACCCAUCUAGUUAGAGACUGACCUUGUCUAGCAGUAAAAUUCCAUUUACAGGAUCUGUCAUGUCACCCUUUCUUCGGAUUGGCUUAUCAAACUAUGACAGCGGCCCCUAUCUGCCAUCACAAGGGGAGGUGAUUAACCCUUAUUGUGCGGUGAUGGUCAAAGAAGCAGAAGAAUCAGAGAAUGGCCAGGUGUACGUCCAAAAGAAGCCCACCAUGUACCCACCCUGGAACAGCACGUUCGAUGCCCAUAUCAACAAGGGUAGGGUCAUGCACAUCGUUGUGAAGGACAAAAGCGCGGAAAUGGUUUCAGAAACCACAGUCGAACUCAACGUACUGGCGGACAGGUGCAAGAAGACCAAUGGGAAGACAGAAAUAUGGCUAGAAUUGAAACCUCAAGGGAGAAUGCUAAUGAGUGCAAGAUAUUUCCUGGAAAUGAGUGAUGCUAAAGAGCUGAUUGACUGCGAGACAGAGGGGUUUUUCUCCUUGCAUCAGCGCCGGGGAGCUAUCAAGCAAGCCAAAAUUCACAACGUCAAAUGUCACGAGUUCACUGCUACCUUUUUCCCGCAACCCACAUUCUGCUCUGUCUGCCAUGAGUUCGUCUGGGGUCUUAACAAACAAGGCUACCAGUGCAGGCAAUGCAAUGCUGCCAUUCAUAAGAAGUGUAUUGAUAAAGUAAUAGCUAAGUGCACAGGGUCAGCAAUCAACAGCAGAGAAACAAUGUUCCACAAGGAGAGGUUUAAGAUAGAUAUGCCUCACCGGUUUAAGGUCUACAACUAUAAGAGCCCGACAUUCUGCGAGCACUGUGGCACGCUUCUUUGGGGCCUGGCGAGGCAAGGGUUAAAGUGUGACGCAUGUGGCAUGAACGUCCAUCACAAGUGCCAGACAAAAGUGGCAAACCUUUGUGGAGUUAACCAGAAACUAAUGGCCGAAGCACUGGCAAUGAUAGAGAGCACCCAGCAGGCUCGCUGUUUGCGUGACACUGAACAGAUCUUCAGAGAAGGACCUAUUGAAAUUGGCCUUCCCAUUCCUAUGAAAGAAGUAACUCUGCUUCACACUGUGCCAGCACCUGCAACUGGGAAAAGAGAGCCACAGGGAAUCUCCUGGGAGACGCCGGUGGAAGACGUGACAAGCCCCGAGUCUCUCAUAGAAUCAGAACCAGGAAAAGACCAGAAGUCUGAGCAGCUGAAAUUAACAAUCGACGAUUUUGUCUUACACAAAAUGUUGGGAAAGGGAAGCUUUGGCAAGGUCUUCCUUGCUGAGUUAAAGAACACGGAUCAGUUUUUCGCUGUGAAGGCUCUGAAGAAGGAUGUGGUUUUGAUGGACGAUGACGUCGAAUGCACCAUGGUGGAAAAGAGAGUCCUCUCCUUAGCUUGGGAGCACCCGUUUCUAACCCAUGUGUAUUGUACAUUCCAAACCAAGGAAAACCUCUUUUUUGUAAUGGAAUAUCUAAAUGGAGGAGACUUAAUGUUUCAUAUCCAAAGCUGUCACAAGUUUGACACCGCCAGAGCAACGUUCUAUGCUGCUGAAAUCAUUUGUGGUCUGCAAUUUCUUCAUUCUAAGGGAAUAAUAUACAGAGAUUUGAAGCUGGAUAACGUUCUGUUAGACAAGGACGGGCAUAUCAAAAUCGCUGACUUUGGGAUGUGUAAGGAGAACAUGUUUGAAGAUGCAAAGACAAGCACUUUCUGUGGAACCCCUGAUUACAUUGCUCCUGAGAUUUUGCUGGGACAGAAAUACAACACUGCAGUUGACUGGUGGUCCUUUGGUGUCCUUCUGUAUGAGAUGCUGAUUGGCCAGUCUCCUUUCCAUGGCCAAGAUGAAGAGGAGCUUUUCCAGUCCAUCCGCAUGGAUAAUCCAUUCUACCCUCGCUGGCUCAAUAAGGAUGCAAAAGAUAUCCUAGUGAAGCUUUUCGUGAGAGAACCUGAGAGGCGGCUCGGAGCAAAGGGGAACAUCCGCCAGCAUGCCUUUUUCCAGGAGAUAAACUGGGAGGUUCUAGAAGAGCGGGCGAUGGAGCCACCAUUCAAACCCAGAGUGAAAUCCGCAAGUGACUGUAGCAACUUUGACAAGGAGUUUCUCAAUGAAAAACCUAGACUGUCGUGUGCAGACAGAGCGCUGAUUAACAGCAUGGACCAGAAUAUGUUCAGCAACUUUUCAUUUGUGAACCCUAAAAUGGAGAGGAUGUUAUCCUGAGAUCUGCCCUCCCCAGCACCUUCCUUGCUAAAGGAAUUCUGUGAAUUGAUUUGAGUAACACUUCUAUCAACUGAAAACCAAGAAUGGUUCAUUUGGACGAGGACCUGAACAGAAGCACUCACCAGUGAAAACUGAUACCGUGUUUGUGGGUUUCCACCUGGUGGUAUCCUGUAGCAGAUGCCAAACGUACUUCACUAAUGACCAACUCUCUUUCUGGUCUCUCUCUCUUUUCUGGAUGCUCUUGAAUUUGAAGGCAAUAGAAAAGGAGUAGGUACAAAAUACUGUCACCUUAUUCACACACAUAGCCGGUGGGACUCCUCGUGUGAGUAAGACAACCGCAUUUCAGCCCUAGCGGUGCGUCUCAGAUUUGCUACUCCAGUGUCCAGUCCUGAUGUUCUUAUUGAGGCAAAACUUCCAUUGAGUAAAGGGUUUGUGUUCAAGAAUUGGAUCUCCUAGAAGGCUACCUUUCCAGGUAGGUCUCUUUUCAGCCCCCAGCUGUGCACCUGUAAAAUUGUACGUACACCUCCGUGCACUUGGCGAAGAGGAACACCGGCCUGCACUCUUUGAAAACGCCUUGAUCUAGGCAAGAGUUAGAAUUUGCCCUCACAAAAUAGCCUUGGCACAGACGGGCUUUACGGAUGCAAAUUCCAAUUCUUGCAUGCACAGAAAUGUUCGAUUUGCCUAGGUGCGCAGGCAGGGACUUACACUUGCGCAGGCUGGGGACAUGUAGACGUGAUCUUCAAACCACAGACUAAACAUCUCACCCUAGGUCAAUGCACUGAGGCUCAGCUCUGAGCUUUAUUCAUCGCCUCUGCAUUGUAUGGGCGUGGCUGUGCUUCAACCGGGGGGUGUGAUUGGCAGCUCGAGGAGACGUACCCACGCUAGUUCUGCCUGAGCUAGUGCGCUCAACUUAGAGCAUGGCUGUGGCACCGCAAGCAGCGCGAGGAUCAAGCUGCCCCAAGUUCACGCCUAGCAUCUCAGCCAUGUACACACUCAGGUAGGCCAUCCCCGCUCCCCAGUCGCUCACAGCACUGCAUCUGCACUCUAUUUUUAGCCCGCCAGCUCCAUCAAAGCUAGUGUGGCUGGGUCUCCUUGAGCUGCGAAUCACACCCUCAGCUCCAAAGGUAGACGUACCCUAUGGGUGUUCAUUCACACAGGACUCUCUAAAUCAGGGCUUCUCAGGACAAAUUUUUUGGUGGCCUCAGCGUGCGGCCACCAACUCUUGCUGGUGGCCGCUCUCACACUUUUUCCUAAAAUGCUUAAUUAGCUUUAAGAAAAACAAUUAAAUAUGCACCUAUGCAGGUCCAUAUCGUUAUAAUGUAUUUAUUGCUAGCUAGUAAGUCCGUUGUGAAAAGUGAUAUUAACCUACAAAUAUCUCUUUUCACAGCAGACUUACUCAGCCCUGCCAAGCCUGGGAACAAAGGCCUGGAUGAGGGGCUAGGGAGAGGCGGGGGUGGUGCAUCCAGGAGCAACAGGGAGAGGGAGGGGCUGUUACUCCCCACACACAGAGCCCAGGGACUGUGGCCGCAAGAAAAGCCCCUGGUGGCCAAGUUUGGGAAAUGCUGCUCUAAACUCCUGUCUCAGCAUCAGGGUAAGAUCUGGGCUGAGUUCUCUUUGGGGGAGUCUCUUCUUAGAAUCAUAGAACAUCGGGGUUGGAAGGGACCUCAGGAGGUCAUCUAGUCUAACCCCCUGCUCAAAGCAGGACCAAUCCCCAGACAGAUUUUUGCCCCAGAUCCCCAAAUGGCCCCCUCAAGGAUUGAACUCACAGCCCUGGGUUUAGCAGGUCAAUAUUCACUGAGCUAUCCCUCCCCCUGCCUAACACCUGGUCAGGAUUAUGGAGAGACUCUCCCCCAAAACAUUAUUUAGGGAUUUCAAGAUUGGGCCUCCAGUCAUUGCCCUGCAGGUAUUAACUUGAAAGAUAGUAUUCAGUACUUUCAAAGACUGAACAACUUAAUACUGCUACAAAUGAUGCUGCCCCUGGUCUUUGGUAUUCAGCAGGGACCUGAAUCAAGGUACAAAACUGCACACAACACUCUAAAGAUGAGACAAUACAUUGCAUGGUAUGGCAAUUAUUUUCUCUCAACUGUUGACAAGAAGUUGCUGACCUAUUAUGUUCUGUUUUGGGCAAAAAAUAUUGUAGCAGUAAUGAGAUUUUAGUGGAAAUCCUUUACAAUAAAUGUACGCUGUCUUCUGAGAUUUGCAAAACUACCAUCCUAUUUAUUCAGUUGCCGUUCAAGAGAUAGAAACGGAAAGAUCUAAUGCCUCUAAGUUACUGCUUUUCACUGAUAGUCUUAUGGAAAUAUUUAGCCUGGUUAUCAUGUCAAAGCAGAAAUAAAGAGCCAGAUUCUCUGCUCUGUGUAGCUCUGUUGACUUCAGUGGAGCUAUGUUGGUUUAUUCCAGCAGAGGAUCUGUAGGACUAUUUAGAGAUUUCCAAGGGCAAUGUAAUGUUCGUGACUCAUUACAAUUAAAACUGUCUGAGGCUUUCUACCUGUGCAACCACGUUGUGGAUAUCAGUGUCAGUGGCCAUGGUCCCAUGUGAGGGAAUGGGCACUCAGCGUAAUACGGUGAUGGGCAGCAGUAUGAAAAUCUAAAACAGAAAAGAAAACCACCGUGCUGUUAAAAGAAUAUCCCAGUAAUGUGAGUCUCCUGCCUCUUGUGAAGUCGCUGUUUGUGCUGUAUGAAAUGUAGGCAAAAUCUGUGCACGCUGUUUGCCGCUAGUCAUCGUGUUUAAUUAGAACCGUUACCAUGAAUUUUUAAAAUGUCAGUGCUGUUUGUACAGUUUAAUAAAACGUUGGGUACGA